AGUUCGCUGCGAACGCUUAUGGCGUCUGGUGCGUUUCAACGGAGAACAAGUGAACUCGUCCCCCAACAGCCACCACAAACCGAAACAAACACAACAAACUAAAGGAUAUAAUCCGAGCGAAUCCCACGAACCCGUCCGCAUAUUCAGAGUAAAGUUGUGCGUGCAAUAAGCCGUGAUUCGAAUGUUGCACGAUUUUAAUUAAAUCGCCAGUUAUUGAAAGCAUUAAACAAAGUUACGAGUACGCAUCGCGGUCGAAUUGAAUUCACCUGAACGGGAAGCCCACGGACUCGUUGUUUUGCACGGUUCACAUCCAGCACCCGAAUCAGAAUCAGAAUCGGACUCGAACUCGCACUCGCACUGGCACCCGUGGUCACAUUCAUAUUCACAUGCAGUGCGCGAGAAAUUCCUUCUGGUGGUAGUGACUGGUGUCCUUGUCGUAUUGUUUAUGGAUUUGUUGGUUUUCUGGUUCCGCGCGCAUCCCUCUAACACGUAGCAGUGGCGUCAACAGCUUUCGUUUGAUGUUUACCCAGCGUCCUUCGACAUUAAGCGCCGAACGGGCUCAGUGAGCCAAGGGUCCUGACCUCCCGACAGCAAAAGGGAGAGAAAACAACUUUAAGAUUAGUCCGAGGCCAAAGUAAAAACAACCGCCCGCCCGACCGACACACGAAGCGCCAAGGAUUCGCGCUAGCACGGCUCUACCAUGCGGCCGCCGCGCCACACCCAGCCGUUACGGCCCCGGAUCAAACCUUGGGCCUGUGCCUGUGCCUGGCUGACUCUGGCCACAGCCGCGCUGGCCUAUCCAAAUAGUCAGUCCGAGCAGCCCCUGGUCACCUAUGUGACCACCUCGACGACAUCCAGCCAGCGGAGCCAGUCCGCCCCCCUGCAGCCGGCCUUUGUCUAUGACUCGCCCCCUCCCUCGGAGGAGCAGGGGUCACAUCACACGCUGGCCACAGCCACACAGAGACCGAAGGAGACUGAUGGCGAGCAGGCAAAGAGAGUCAUCGGUUCCAGUACAACCGCGUCGGUGUCAGUGGUUCUUGAUGGCAAUGAACCGCAGUUCACGGACGCCCUCGGCCACAAGGUGCCAAAGCCACAGCCCUCGCUGCAGGUGGCUAGUCCCAUCGACCUGCUCAAUCCGGACCGCUACGAGUUCUAUACUUUUGAUGAGCACGGCGAGCUGGUCAAGCGUCUGAUGACCAUGCAGGAGAUCCAGAGCAUUGUAGCCAACGGCGACGGCGAGGGACCGUCCAUUAUCCACCCAGCUCCGUUGGCCGAACACAAUCCCGACAAGAAUGUCCAAGACAUUGUGGACAGCGUACAGAGUGUGCUUAACAAAGAGGUGGCCUCCAGCUCGGCAAAGAACAGCUCCGGUGAGCUGCUGCCUCCGUUGCUGGACACGCCCGACGUCUCCUCGUCCUGGUCGCUUAUCCUUCCCGCCAUUUUCGGCAACACGGGCGGAGACAUUUUCCCCCAGCAGCGGCCACAGCAGAUCGUGAUGACCCCCGAAUCGGAGCUCCUUGAGACCUCGACCAGAGCCGCACCGCCAGCAACGCGUGCCACAAAGAAACCGAAACCCUCCAAGCGAAAGCCAGGCAACAAACGCAAGCCUGCUGCCACCACCAGCACCACCCCGGUGACCCCGCAGGUGGUUCAAGAAGAGUUGGACCCCAUGGAGUCUGUCUACACUGGUAUGCAACAGUACCAGCACGUGGCCGCCAAUGUGCCGGACUUUGAACUGCUCCACAUGCAGCCCAUCUACCAGAAACGGCCAAGCACAACCGGUAGGCCAGAGACAACCACUCGGCGCGUCUUUUACAACAACCAGGAGAUCAUCCACACGCCGACCUCCUCCAGCAGCGCGACCUCCACCACAGAAAAGAUCGUUUCAAACCACCAGCUGGCCAAGAAGCCGUCGAACGUCCAGCGGAAGCCGACACAGCCCCACCGGGUAAAGAAACCCAACGGCGAUGGUACAAUCGAAACUUCAUCCCAGCCCACUGGAGGCAAGCAGAAGGUAAAGAAGAAGCCAUCCACGACGACAACGACGACCACGGCUGCUCCAGAGGCGGAAGUACAGUCGUCCACUCAACAGGCUGGGGAGGACCCACCAGCAGAAGCCAGCAGCACCACCACUACCCAAGCACCGCCCCCGACCACACCCAAGAAAAAGAAGCGCAAGCCCACACGAACACCCGGCACGGGAUCCACUUCUGUCAGCGGCAAGCCAUCAAAGCCAAAGCGCAAGCCAACUGCCAAGCCCAAGCCACUGGUCCAGCAAGUUGAGCAGCAGCAGCAGGUCGAGAGCACUCAGAGGCCGCCCAGGCCACAGAGACCCCACAAGAAGCCCAAGCCAACAUCGACAAGCUCUACGACAACAACCACGCUCGCUCCCGAAACAAGCACAGCUAGUACCCCCGAACCAGUGAGCAGUUCGACGGAGGCACCAGCCUCGCAGCCAGAUCCGGAGAGCCCAGUCACCACCACUCCACAGGCGGAGCCCGAACCAGAGCCUGUCGCGUCUACUUCCACAACAACAACAACCACAACAGAAGCUCCCACAACUAGUACAACAGCUGCCCCAGUUAAAUCGACGGCGAAACCACCCGCACUGCACCACCAGAAAUUGCAUACAAAGCCGGUGGGAUCCACCAGUCGUCCAUCCAUCACCCAGCACCAUAAUCGCGUCCACGGCAAACCAGUUCACAGCACCACUACAGAGUCCAGUAAGGACGCUGGCGAGGCUCAGACCGAAAGCUACGGACUAGUGAACGUGAUUGCCGCCUCAAGCACCCCGCAGCAGCCAAUGUAUCCGCUGCCCAGCUACAAUGUCGAAUCCUCUCAGAACUUGCCCACAGUGUUUGCCGACUCAACGGUGGACCAGUCACCGCUGAAGAAGACCCCGUUGCCGUCUCUAGCUCAAUUGCAGCAACAGCUCCACCUUGGUUCUCCGUCGCCGGCACCGCAGCUCUCGCCCGCCCAAAUCCUUUCGAUGGACCAAAUUGUGCAGUCACUUACACAGGACCUAUCCGCCACGGACAAAGAGGACGAGGAUUCCGCGUCUGGUCCUGUUAAGUACGACAGUGCCGAGAACAAGCAGCAAAUGGAAGCUCUGGCCAACAAGAAAAAGAUUCCAGUCUCAGCUGGCUCACCUCCAGCUGCAGUAACGACUACACCUGCUCCCAUGCCAACUUCUUCCUCCAAGCCUACAAUUUUGACCAGCAAUAAGCCCCCUUCGUCCCACUACGGCGGUAGUACUCUGGCCACGAUGCUCUCCGAAGAGGACGAAGAGGCUGCCGGUUCCACAGAGUUCUCUCUAAGCCAAAAGCAGCCAUCAGAGACCACGCAAAGCAGCCUCGAAGAUGAUGCUGAGGAACAAACGCCCGUGGUAGUGAUCACAGCUAGGCCACAGUACUUUACGGUGACCAGACAGCCGGAACCCCUGAAGCCUGUCGAAACUCACCAGCCCAAGGAGCCUGAAACCACAGAGCUGCCUGGUCAAACUCAGUUCCUAGUAACAACCCCAAUGUCACCGCUCGACGAAGUGGAUGCCACCACCGAUAAGCCCACUGAGGAGUCCGAUCAUGUCGUUAAGUUUGAGCCACUCUACGCAGAGGUGCCGGAGGCGGUUAUAGAGGAGCUUGAGGAACCUAACCCCACGAGUGGCUAUAACCAACAGCCUAUUGGGGCGGAGACAGUGGGAGCUACCACCGAGCAGGCACUACGACUGCCAGUCUCUGAGAGCAGUACAUCCGCUGACUUUGAUGACGGCAGCACAGAAGUGACUCCUAUGAUCGCCGACUUGGUGCAGCAACUCAACCUUGAGGUGCUCAAACCCACCGAUCAGAUUUCAAUGGCCAACUUCCAGACGCAGGCGGCCACUGUUGCCUCCACGCUUGUGGACGGAAGCAACACGCUAGUCUCAGACGUUGCCAUGAACUCCAACGAAACCAAGGAUGAGCUGGAGUUUCUCAUGUCCGAUGUUAUCCAGCAGAUCACACAAGGCGACCAGUACAAGCCCCCGCCGGCCAAGGUGCCACUAGUGGACGACUCACAUCGCCUGACCAACUUUGCCAAUUUAAAUGCCUCGUUCCUUCUACAGCCAAAGCCGAAGCCAGACCAGACCAAAGAGCCCGAGGAGCCCCAAGCACCCCAAGACCCGUACAAACUUCAACCACAGCCUGAGGAACAGCUGCUAGAGAAAAAUGAGACAGCCGCAGUCUCCCCCGAACAGGAAGCGGUGCACCUGGAACACGUGGAGACGAGUACGCACCGCAUUCCCAUCCUGUCGCUUUCGCAAAUCUACGCGCAGCAACAGCAGGACGAGGACGAGGAGCAGCAAGUGUUUGCCAACGAAAGACUUGAGCUGCAGCCAACUCAAGAACCGACCAGGCCGGAAACCGCCCCGGCUCACGAAGUUCUGUCCACAGUGGCCGCAGCAGACACCACCGAGGCAUACACCGCUGAGGUGGCCGCCACCACUGAGCGACAGCCAGCGCAGGAAACCUACGAGGAGAGCACGGCCAGCACUGAGGGCUCCGGCAGCGAGGAGUCAACGACCAGCUACAGCGAAAUCCCCGACAGCUACACGCAGCGCGAAAGUGAAGAGCAAAUGCCCGAGAUGUUGACAAAUGGUUACAACGAGGAGCAGCAGGCGGAGGCGGGCACUAGCCAAGAAGCAGACCCGGAGUCCAUCUACAGCACGGUAAAGUCACCGCCGGAAGAGCCAGAUACGACCACCCAGCAGCCAGCGGCGGAAAAGGCGACGACGGCGACUAAUGUUUACCAGGACGCACAGGAAGAGGAGCAAACGUCAACAACGGAACAGCCCGAUAAGCCUGAGCAGCCAGACCAGCAGGACCAGGUAGCCCAGACCAGUAAUGUUGAGGACAGCGCCACCAACGCCGCCCAACUCCUGCCGCAGUACCAAGCGCCGGCCAGCGAAGAGAGGGAGGAGGCGCCGGUGACAAAAAUUCCCGGCGAUAUGUCCCUGGUAUCUUCCGAGUCGGACAUGUCGCUCAGCUCGGAGCAAGCAACGGAACAAAUUGAAUUGAGCACGGUAAAGUCGCAGCAGCUGAACGACGAGUCGAUGGAGAACAUUUCCGACGAGUUGACAGCCACCAUUUCUGAAGAAGGCGACUCGGAGGAUGCCGAUGCGGUGACGAAUGGCCAAAAGGUUCAGCUGGACGACGAGGAUCCUUACAUCAAGCUCGGUGAAACGACGGCCAGCGUGGUGAGACCGCUUAUCUCCAACUCCAAGGAAGGCGGCAGCGGCGGGGAUAAGAGUGCCGAGGAGGAUAACUACAAGGUGACGUUGCCAUUAGCUGGCUAUGAAACUCCUUCCGUUGAUCAGGCCGAUGAGGAGGAUGAGGAAGAUCAGGCUGUCUACCAGAUGCCAUUGGCUCUGCCCAGCAGUACUACAACUACGACCACUACCACUACUUCCAGACCCUUUACCACAAUUACGGCAAACAAACCUUCUUCCACCUCAACUCCAGCGCCCGCCACAACUACCAAGCGACUAAACACUUUGAGGCCAGUAUCCUAUUACGUCCAGCCGUCUCUGCUGGGUGGCUACAACCAACUGGACCUUCAGCCGCCCAAGGUCUUGCCCUACAAUGCCAACAAGGCCGCUCCGUCCCAUCCACAGGCUCCGAUGCAAUCGCCGGCAAGUCUGCAGCGACCGACGCAGCGCCCCGCCUCGUUGACCAAUCUCAUGGCCAGCUCCACCCAAGCCACCCGGCCACCCGUCAAACUGGAGCCCAGCCCAGAGUCCUCGCAGGGCCUGGAAGCCACCACCGCCAACAUGGACGAGGACUUGCAGUCGUUCGCCCGACUCUGCAACGAACUAGCCUUCAGCUACUGGCGCGCCAUCACUUCGGAGAAGAUCAGCUCGGCCAGGAGUGUGAUUCUGUCACCCUUCGGCAUCACCUCCAUGCUCUCCAUGGUAUUCAUGGGGGCGCGGGGCAGCACCUCCGGUGAGAUGAACGAAAUACUGAAGCUGGACGACAUGGUGACCUUCAAUCCGCACUUGAUAUUCAAGAACAUAACGAGUGGGGUGGAACAGGCCAUGGACAGCGACAUUGCGACGGCGGCUUUUGUAAGGGAAAUUUUCAGUGACCGUGCCAACGGGAAAAUUCUGCCCUUCUUUAAGGAGAAGACUCAACAGCUAUACGCUGGCCACGUCGAGGAGGUCAACUUCCAUGUGGUUAACGAUAUUGUGCGACGUCGCACGAACCUCCUGGUGAAGCGCCACACUAUGGGAAAGGUAUUGGAGUACUUGCGCACUAACAGCGUGUGGGUCAACGGUCCGCUGGCCACCAUAUCGGCGAACCUGUUCCAAACGGAUUGCUCACGCGGCUCAACGGCCGAACGGGAUGGGGAGAUGUUCUUCCAGGUGCACCCCACCGUGCGCCAGCGCCGCCUCGUGCCCAUUCCGGCUGUGCUCUACCGUUCCGGCUUCCUGGCCGGGUACGAGCCGAAACUGGACGCCACCAUCGUGUCGUUCGGUCGCCUGCAGGACACUGUAAGCACGGUCUACGUGAUGCCCGGCCACCAGAGUUCCAUCUCGCCAAUGGACAAUUUGGACCGCCUGGAGCGCAGCCUGGUGGAGACGGCCUUCGGCGAGACGCAGGCCUGGAGCCGAUUGCUCACGUCGCUGAUGGACCGGCCUGGCAUGGAGGUGCAGCUGCCACGCUUCUCGCACCGCUCCUUUGUAAACGCCUCGUUAGGCCUGCAGAAGAUGGGGUUGCGCGGUCUGUUCAAGUCAGACUUUGCCGACCUGCGCGGACUGACUGGAGCCGCCAACCGGGACAUCUUCCUCUCCGACAUGAUACAGAUCAACACGUUCAGCACCUGCGGCGAGGAGAAGAUCUCCGAGCACCACCACGUGGAGAUGUACCCGGCCCCGCCACUUCGUAAGCGCAACAAGGACGUGGACGCAACGGACGACGACGCAUUCGAUUCGUCAGAGGCUGUCGUGGACUUCGGCUCGCUGGUGCAGGAGUCGGCUCUGGGACGGGGCUUCUACGAUGACCUACUAGACCCCAAGUACCUGGAACUACCGCUGCCACUUCGCCCGCGGCAGGCUCGUGUCCCCGACGCCCCGAGACUCCGCUUCGACAAGCCCUUCCUCUACUUCGUGCGACACAAUCCCACGGGCAUGAUCCUGUUCAUGGGACGCUUCAACCCACGCCUGCUGCCAUGAAGCAGGAGCCACGCAGCGCCCGCGGGCCGUUUCUUGUUAAUUCUUGGAGUGUAACUUAGUGAAUUUAUACCCUACUCGUAAUUGCAAACCUAAUCCUUAAUGACGCUGCUUGCUGUGCCUUAAUCCCGCGUCCCAGUCCGGGUUCGCCAGAGCCCCGAUUCUCCGAUCCGAGAUUGAUGUGCAGCAAACGAUUUCACUGGCAACGACAGACGCAUGUUCUCCACGCGCGAAAUCGAAAUCAAAUAACUUAAAUGCUUAAAUGCAGUUGCGCCAAUUUAUUUUCAACUUUUCUGACUUGCAUUUAAUUUUCCGCACACAUACCCGCCUCGGUAUGGUAUGGUUUGGUAUAUGUAUGUAUAUGCAUUUUUUAUUCCGCUCUUUGUCCGCUAAAAAAUCGCCCCGUCCGCAAACAAAUGCUGAACAAAUACGUAGACAGCGAAUGCGGAUGCAAUCGAAAAAUAAAUGCAAAUGCAAUCAUGGAAUGCGUCAUGUUUUGGCAACUGAACAAAUGUAAUUUAGUAAAAUAAACGUUACCAACAUGGAACUAAAAGUUAUGUAUGCUAUUAUGUAAGUUUAAACAAAAAGUCUAAAUAAAUAAAUAUAAAUGCUGAAAAACAUUA